AAAGACCAGGACAAAGGAAAGGCAAAAGGAGGAAGUGAGGGAGAAUGAGAGAGACUCUAGAGGAGUGUAGCCUCAUGGGAAAUGACAUUGGCCUGGACAACCCCUUUAAAUCGAGAUUCUGGGAAGAUCUUCCAAUCAGAGGGGAAGAGGAUCCUUCUGAGGUGUGGGUUUCAGGGCUGAGAUGACAUUCCAGAACGAGGAGGGGAUGGACACCUCCUUCACCUGCUCUCAAAGUCCUCCUCAAACCAUAAGCUCAGCUGGAAGGAGAGAGUGAAUUUCUCCCUUGGGAGCAUUUUGUGAGUACCAGUAUUUCCAGCUUAGCAGCAAACACCUGUGCAUGUUCUGCAGUCCAGAGCCAGCCCUUCCUUUCCAUGUUCUAAAGAACUUCCAGAAACAAGCUUGCUUUGCAAACAUCCUCAUGGGUUAUUCGCCUGUGCUCCCAGGAUACGACUCUCAUCUGCCAGACCCUCAGUAAACUCAAGCUCACACGCCAAAUGAGUGAUAAGACUGAAAUUGGAACACAAAUAUCCUGCCGACCCUUCCAGUCCCUUAUUUUCCACGAUCCCACACUGCCUAGAUGGUGCUGACUACGGUCAACGAAGGAAGGGCGAAGGUUGCUGUUUCCAUGGGGCAUUUCUUUUCUGAUCAGUGGAUGGCAGGCAGUUUGAAAGCCUCUAAAAUUCCUAGCAAUCAGUAAACUAUCCCCGCCUUGAGGGGGCGGAGCUGGGGGUGCUAAACGUUCUCAAUCUACAACUCUACAACAGUCCCCAGGGUGGCAACGACUUGUGGGACAGGGGAAGGAUGCACUUCUGCUGGGGCGACAACUCCUUCGGGCAGCUGGGCAUCAAGGCAGGGCGGAGGGAAAAGGCUGGGCCAGUGCGAUGCCAGGCGGGAGCCAGCCUAGGCAGCAAGCGCUUACUGCAGGCUGCUUGCGGAGAGCGCCACUCGCUGCUGCUGCUGCCCGACGGCACCGUCUGGUCUUGCGGGAGCAACGACUGUGGACAGCUGGGCAGGAAGAAGAUUCCGAACUGUGACCGGCCAGCACCAAUUCAGGCACUGGAAACUCAAGCAGUUGUUUUGGUCAGCUGUGGAAAAGAGCACUCCUUGGCUGUUUGCAAAACAGGAAAGGUCUUCUCGUGGGGAUCUGGUUCUGAAGGGCAGUUGGGCAUCAAAGAAUUUAAGAAGCUAAAUUUUAUGCCCAAGGAAAUUCAGGAUCUUUCCAGUGUCAAAAUAAUACAAGUUUCUUGUGGACAUUAUCAUUCCAUAGCAUUGGCACAAGAUGGCAAAGUAUUUUCUUGGGGAAAGAACAACCAUGGUCAACUAGGCCUGAAGGAAAAUUUCCCCUUUCAAUCCAGGCCUCAAUGGGUGAAAUCGCUUCACGGUAUUCCUCUGGCUCAGGUUGCAGCAGGAGGGGAUCACAGCUUUGCCCUUUCUCUCUCUGGUACUCCAUAUGGCUGGGGACGGAACAAUGUAGGCCAACUGGCCCUCAGUGGCAAGAAUGCAUCAGAGCAAAUCUACAGACCUUGUUCCAUUGGUGAACUGAAGAGUCUUCACGUGACAUACAUCAGUUGUGGGGAUGAACAUACAGCUGUCCUCACCCAGGAUGGCAAAGUGUUCACAUUUGGAAGCAAUAACUGUGGACAGCUGGGACGUAGACAGGUUUCUAAGAAGAGGGGUCCUCAGACUGUGGAUUCAACUCAUUUGUUUUCUCAAAUAGCCUGCGGAAGUCACCACACCCUUGCAUAUGCCUAUACCACUGGCCAGGUGUUAUCCUUUGGUUGUGGGUCUCAAAGUCACCUGAACAGCCUUUUGCAACCAGGCAGCCUGGAACAGAGCUUCAAUAUUAGCAACCUGAUUUCUUCAAGUGACUUUGCAGAUGUUCAAGUGAAAGACAUAUUUGCUGGAGGAGAUGCCAAUUUUGUGACCACUGUCCAGUCUCAGGAUGUUAGCUCUUCAUGUGCCACUGGCAGAAGCCUACAGCAAAUCAGCCAGAUCAAUCGAACUCUGAUUAAGAAAUGGACCACAGUGGAAAUUGAAAGUGAAGAGUAUAAAGAGUCAGCAAGGGAAAUUUGUGAGAUAUUUUCAUAUCCUGCUUCUCUGACUGCCAGUUUUUUGAAGAAAAGAACUGAUGAUACUACUCCUAUUGAUGUUGACUUACAAAUGGCAAGAGAUGUCUUUGAGGAAUUAAUGCAGAAGGACUGGAUUAUAGACACGAUAACUACAUGUCUCAAAGAUCAUAUGCUCAAGGUCCUUCCAUGGGAUUCUCCACAUCAGGAAGCUUUAUCAAUUUUCCUUCUACUCCCAGAAUGUCCUCUAAUGCAUAAACCUGAGAACUGGAAGUCUCUAGUGGUCCCAUUUGCAAAAGUUGUUUGUAAAAUGAAUGACCAGUCUUCAGAAGUCCUGGAAAUGUGGGAAUCAUUGGAGGAAUCUUCUUUCAACUCAUUGAUUCAGAUGCUCAAAGGAGCCAUCAGCUUUCAAAUGAAUUCUUGGUCUGAAAGUGCUGAGGACCAUCGUAAUAGCAAAGCUCUCCUUGGAAUGCUGAAAAAGCUUCACAGGGUAAGUGAGAAGGCUAAAUAUAAAGUUCCGGAGAGUACAUUCUACAUCAGUGAACUGCGAUGGCUCAAUUUUUAUCAAGACCUAAGAAGAUGGUAUUUUUCCAAAAUGCAUCCUGAGUCUUCAGAUGAAGCCAACAGUCCUGUCAUAUUUUCACACUUCCCUUUCAUCUUUAAUCUGCCUUCCAAAAUUAAAAUGUUGAAUGCAAAUUCAGUUUUAAAUAAGCAGGCUUUCCUACCUUUACCUCCAUUGCAUGACUUUGAAAGUCUUAUGCCAUACCAACUAUGUGGAUUAGUCAAGACAGCUUAUCUUCCUCUCCAAGUCAGACGGAGUCACCUGGUUGAGGAUACCCUGUGUCAAUUAAGCCAAGUUGUGGACAACGACCUUAAGAAGGAAUUAUUGAUCUCAAUAACUGGAGAAACUUUUCCUGAAUGUGGAGGAGUCAGGAAAGAAUUUUUCCAUUGUGUGUUUAAGGAGAUGACCCAACCAGAGUAUGAGAUGUUUAUGUAUACUGAAAAGUCUUCCCUUAUGUGGUUUCCUGCCAAUCCUAAAUUCACCAAGAAAAGGUAUUUUCUCUUUGGAGUACUAUGUGGCCUCUCCAUAGUCAGUUGCAAUGUAGCCAACCUUCCUUUUCCACUAGCUCUCUAUAAGAAACUUUUGGAUCAAAAACCAUCCCUGGAAGAUUUGCAAGAGCUGAGUCCUGAAUUGGGCAACAAUUUGAAGUUACUUCUAGAUGAAAAUGCUGACAUAGAAGAAUUUGACAUACGUUUUUCUAUAUACUGGGACAAAAAAGAUGUUGACCUUAUUCCAAAUGGGAGCUCCAUACCUGUGGACAAAACCAACAAGGAAGAUUUUGUUUCUAGAUGUAUUAAUUACAUCUUCAACACAUCUGUGAAAAAGAUUUAUAAGGAGUUCCAAAUGGGAUUUUACAAAGUCUGUACAAAAGAGAUACUCGACUUAUUCCAUCCCGAGGAACUUAAGGAAGUGACGACUGGAAACCCAGAUUAUGACUGGAAAGUUUUUGAAGAGAAUUCACAAUAUUCCAAAGGAUAUGAUAAGUCACAUCCUACCAUUGUGAUGUUUUGGGAGGCUUUCCAUAGAUUGUCUCUGGAAAAGAAGAAAGACUUCCUCUUGUUUCUUACAGGAAAUGACAGAUUUGAAGCCCAAAACAUACAGAAGAGGGGAAUAACUUUUAUCUAUCCUGAAUCUGCAAGGGAAGAUGAACUUCCAAGAGUAUAUACCUGUUUUAGUGAGCUAUACCUCCCACCAUAUUCUACGAUGGAAAGAGUGGAAGAAGUCAUUCAAAUAGCCAUCAAUAACAACAGAGGAUUUAACUGUUAGCCAUCAUUCAAACAUUUGCAAAAAAAAAGAAAGACAUUGGGACUGAAAAUGUACAGUAAAAUGACCAUGCUGCUAAUUCAAUAUAUUUAUGACUUUUGUAAAAAGUAAAUUAUAAGAGCAAUGCAGAAGCAUCGUAGCCUGCUUCAUUCUAAUUAUUAGUGUGUGUCUUCAGCAUCUGAUGCAAUGCUUUUGACAUAAGAAGUGCUUAUUAUGGUACUUAUAGCUGUUGAAUAAAAUGAAUGAAUGAAUAAGAUGAGAUGAGAUGAUAGCAAUAUAAAUAGGAGUCGAUUCAGGCUCAGAAGAUGGGGCAGAGUGCAGUCAGAAGUAUACACAAGAUAGAAAGGAUGGAUGGAAGAACGCAAAAUUCUUAGAACCCUAACCUGGGUUGUAUGAAAGACACAGUGCUGGAAGUAAAUUCAUGUAGGCUAAGGAGGAGGUUAGCCUAUUUUUGUUUUGUGCACAAAAUCACUUUUUAGAUGUAAACUUUUUUUUGCCUUUUAAAUUUAAUUAAAAAACCAUCUCCCCAUAGGAAAGGUGUAGAAAUUCCUCUUCUGCUUUUCCCUGAAGUUUCUUUUUCUUUCUUUUUUUUUUUUUUUUGGCGAUUGGGGUUAAGUGACUUGCCCAGGGUCACACAGCU